AUGGCCUCCUUUCCACUACAAAAGAUGAACCGCACCGCGGCUCCCACAUGGCAACCUGCGGAGGCGCAGUGUCUCCGCAUGCUGACCAUAGCCACCCUGUCUGUGUCCUUCGGGGUCGGCGUGGUGGCCAACGGGCUGGUGCUCUGGAUGACCGUCACAGUCACCACCACGUGGUUCUUCCACUUGGCCCUCGCCGACUUCGCGGUCCUGGCGUCCCUGCCUCUUCCUAUUUACAGCCUGGCCAGCGACCAGUGGCCCCUGGAGGACUUCUGCAAGCUGUGCCUGGCCUUCCUGUCCUUCACCUUCUUCACCAGCAUCUGCCUCCUGAUCCUCAUCUCUGUGGACUGUUGCAUGUCCGUCCUCCACCUGGUCUGGGUCCGAAACCACCCCACGGUGCAGCGAGCGAGCUGGCUGGGGCUGGCUGCUGUCGUUUCUUCUCCAUACCUCUGACUCUAGGCCACUGAGAAACCAGACGCGUGUAAGUAUUGCUUCUUCAAGUUCUACACAGAGCAUGAGGGGAAGGGAAGCUUCGAUGACUGGGGUCCAGUGACUCGCCAAAGGUACAUGGCGGUGACCAUCACUUACUUUGCGGUGGGCUUCUUGGUGCCCCUGGUGGUCAUCAGCACCUGUGCCCACCUCCUCCUUGCCAAGCUCUGGUGGGAGGGCUGUGUCCACACCCACCAGCCAAAGAGGUUGCUGCUGUUGUUGGUGAGUGCCUUCUUUGCCUUGUGGUUCCCAUUUAACGUGGCACUCUUGGUCCACCUGGGGCUGCGGAACCCUCAUGACCCCACAAUGCUGCUCAUCCUCUGCGCUACCUUCUCCUUGGGCUGUUUCAACAGCUGCCUCAACCCUUUCCUCUAUGUCUUUGUUGGCAGAGAUUUCCAGGAGAAGUUUUUCCACUCUCUGCCUUCUGCUCUGGCCAGGGCAUUUGGUGAGGAGGGCCUUCUCAUUCACCUUGCUCCCCAGGGGAAAUGCCCAGGGGAUGAUGGAGACCUUAGAGUGGAAGCUGAAAAUCCUCCUGUGUAG